AUGGCGACACAGGAGGCAGCGGAGUGCACCAGCUCUGCUGCUCAGUCAGACGGCAGCGUGGAAUCGGCAUCAGUUGGAAAUACCUACGUGGGCACUUCGGGUUAUGUGUACGCUCACUGGCGACAGGGUGCCUUUUAUCCGACAGGAACGAAACAGGCCAAAGAGCUGGAAUACUACAGCGGUCGACUGUCGGCCGUUGAGGUCAAUGCGACCUACCACGGUCUGCAGACGGUUGAAACGCUGCGCAAGUGGCAGACCAAUGCCCGGCGAGGGUUCAAGUUUGUGCUCAAGGCCCAUCAGGACAUUACACAUCGAUCACGUCUACAUAACGUCGACAGUCUGUGGCAGGUUUUUGUGGAUCGGGCUGUGGACGGGCUCGGUGAUGCACUAGGCCCAUGCCUCGUCCAACUGCCACCGUCCUUUGCCCGGACACCGCAGACAAUGGCUGAUCUUCAGACAUUUUUGGCGCUUCCUCGUCGUGGGUUGAGACUUGCCUUUGAGUUUCGCCAUCGCAGCUGGUACACUGAGGAAGUGUAUGCCAUGAUGUCAACUCACAACGCCUGUAUCGUGGAUAAUGUAUCUCCCGACGGCACCACGCUGCGCUGCGAGCGGAUUACUGCCGAUUUUGGCUAUACACGCAUGCACAAGCGACUGAAACCCGAUGGAGGGCCUGACACGACCAACUACACGGCUGAGCUCCUGACGCCUUUGUUGCCCACUCUGAUGGCCCAACGGCAAAACGGAAAGGACCACUAUGUGUUUUUCAUGAACGAUCUCAACGCUCAUGGUCCACACAAUGGCGUGGAGUUGCAAAGGCUUCUGGCGGCCCAGCUCAAGGCAGAGGGCAGAGAAGCAGAACCGGCGCUCGUCACCAACUGGCACCCUCUUUCACGCGAAACGCAGAAGGGGGCACUGAAGCGCAUGUUCAAGCAGGCUCACGGGCGUCCAUCCACAGCAGGCACAGCAGGCGCAGCAGGCACAGCAGGAGCGCCCUUGUCCUCUGCAUCGGUCUGCGAUGCGACCGCGGCCACGACAGCACACAGGAGUGUGAGUGCCAUGUUGCCGGUCUCGUCCAAGCAGGCCAGCGAACGGGGGUCGUCCCAUGGAGGAUCUCCUCGAAGCAAGGCCCCCAAAAGGGGUCAGCCAUCUAUUCAAUCAUUCUUCAAGAAAUAG